AUGAAUGAUGCAGCCUGCGUGCCCAUUGACGUGGACGGAGAAGAUGCUGAUCUUGAAGGGGGCGACCAUUCCCCAACCGAGAUCGCCGAGGAAGAGGAUGAGGAUAAGGACGUGGACAAUAAUGUGAACAUUCCUCACGGACGGGGCGACGAUCCUGGACAGCGUGGAGGUGAUGAAAUGCAGGUCGACAUUCACUUGGGGGCCCUGGGUGAACUCAAUGAAGGUGACCAACUUGGUGACGGAAGUGGAGGAGGAGAAAACAGGAAAAGAGGCCGAAGCCAGGUGAAACAAGAAACCGAACGAGAAGGCGAAGAAGGUGAGGAAGAGAGUCCAUCGAAAAGAGCUUCUAUUCUGGAUUCAGCACCUAAUGAGAAGGAGAUCAAGGAAACCAAGGGCCGAACCACCGCAGCAGAAAAACACCUCCACGACUUGAAGGCCAAGGUAGAGCUACAUGAUGACCGCAUCACUGAGGUCACUGCUUCCCUUGCACGCCUGCAGAGUGACCUCAACAGCAGAUCAUCGGGGACUAAUGCGACUUCCACGGGGGUGAAUUCAGGACCACAGUUCGACCCUUGGGCAAACUGGCGACAAAACCAGCCCAAGCUGCAGAAGCAAAAUGGACACUUGCCACGAGCACAGAUGGGUGACUUUGAGGAGAAUGGCCAGCUCACGGAAGAAGAGAAGAGGACGCUGAUCGUGGGAGGCUGGGCACAGGACACCAAAAAGUCUACCAUUGAAGCGGAGGUCGAUGAGCCAGUCUUGGCGGUGUUCGGACCCCGUCGCAGUGUGGGCAACUUGAAAUUUGACUAUCGACAGAAUGAGAGUUUCCAAAGCUUGCGUGACAGAAUGUGGAAGACCAUGAAGGCGAUCCGUGAAAUGGCCAUCCAGUUCCCGAGCACCAAGGACAUUGUUGGGAGCAAGCCAGCCUGGGCGAGCUUCGUGAAAACCAAGGAAGCACGUCGCAGGACCAUGCUCGUGAGCCAGGUACGCAGAGUCUGCAUGCAACUCGCGAUGGACAGCACUUCUGAUCAGGGAGGACCGUGCAGACCAAACGCCAUCAACGCGGAGAGCUAUGACACUGACUGGGGCAAUGGUACAGUGUGGCACGAAAGUCAUAAGAUUGCUUCUGCCACCCAUCGCCAGCCGAAUCCCAACACCUCGGUGAUCCUCAUGCCUGGGGGCUGGGUCGACCUCAAAGCGGUCAUCGACGUCACUGGGUGUACGGAAACAGAGGCACGUGGUGCCUUUGAACGGGAGCUCCGGGUGUCCCAAUGGAAUUUGGGAGGGCAGGAUGUCAAAACACUUGAUGUCGUGCUGCAUGGAUGUGAUUUCGUUUGUGCACAAGAAGUUGCAAGGAAUGAUGCAGGGUGGCGGGAGGAAAAUGACGACAUCUUUUAUUGGCUACAUCAUCGACACGACAAACAGUACAGGGGUGUGGCUGUUGGCUUUGCCCAUGACCUGCUGGACUGUAUCAUUGAGAAGGUUGCAUGUGAAAGGGGAAUCUGGGUGUUGGCGCGCAUCAAGGGCCUGGGGCGAGUUGUCUUCGGAAGCCUACAUGCGCAUACGGGCACAACCCACGGAGUUUACAAGGCAGCGAUCCAGGAGUUCUUUGCGAAGUUCAAAAACAAGUGGCGACAGUGGCCUAUCAUCCUCGGCGUUGAUGCAAAUGAGCAGCCCACUUGGGAUCCACAAGAAGACGGGACCGUCAAUGUCAUUGAGAUGAGUCUCAACUUACAAAGUUUGACGCACGAGGCCUUCACCGUCGGUCUUCGAGCAGUUGCACCAGGAGCUGAUCAACUUCAAACACCGACUCAUUACCCGCGAGACGAAACGAGACAGGGCAGGCAGAUUGACAUGGUCUUUGUUAAGCAGGUGAUCACGAAGAACGUCGAGAUCAACCCGGAACUUCGUCACUGCAUUGGCUCUGAUCAUGCUUGCCUUCAAGUUCUUCUCCCUCAACGACGAGCAGUGCGACAAGCAUGGGGCAAUGACUCUCGACCUCGGCGACUUAUUUCGGAGGUCGGCCCACAUGAGGUCAUCGUUGACGUGGAGGAUGUGUGCAAAUUGGCCAAGUCUCACACAGCCCCGAUCCCAUAUACCAAGUACGAGGAUCCACCAGAGCUGAAGGACAUGAUACAGAGGGCGAGGAGCUCCAAUGACAGGACACUGUGGAAGAAAGUGCAUGACAGCCGACGAAAACAUCGGAGAAGAUGGAAAAAGGAGCGACUUGAAAAAGCACUACAAGGUGACUGGGGUGCAUUCAGGGCGCACCAAAGAGACAGACGUCGCACCAAAGGGUGGUGGGGGCGACUUUUGCAGGACCUUACCUCCGAGCAAGUGACUCAUAGGGUACAACAACACCUUGAAGAGAAGCUGGUGAACAAGAACCUACCUGAUUGGAGUCAUGAUCUCUGGGAACAAAUUCAACAAGUACCUCUACCACAAGCCUGGGUGCCUGCUACGAGGGAGGAAUUAUGUGAGGAAGUCAACAAGAUGAAACGAAAUGUAUCGGUUGGCCCCGAUGGGAUCAGCGUUGACCUUCUGGUGCACCUCCUCUACAACCCCGAGCUUGGACAACAACUCACUGACCUGGUGAACCACAUUAUCUCUACCAAUGAACAACAACAUGAGUGGGGGGUGUCUUUUCUCGCAUUAUUGGCCAAGUGCACGAUACCAGAAGAGCCGAAGGAUCUGAGACCUAUUUGCAUGUCCUCGUCCUUUUCCAAAUUGGUUAACAGGGUGAUCAUCGGGCGACUUUUCCCCACUUUGAGAAGAGGCUCGAAGAUCUCCUCGUGCGGGCGAGGCCGCCAGUCAGCUGAUCUCAUCGGCAGCCUAUCAAGAAUCCGUGACGUGGUGCGCGAGUGGGAUGAGAGCAUCCUGGUCGUGAAGCUUGACAUUGCAGGAGCAUUUGAUAAGAUCUCCCGUCAGAAAGUAGUCGACCUUAUCCUGGCAAGAACUGCAGGAACCAAUUUGGGUUAUGAAGUCAGAUAUCUGCUGGGACAGUUAGACGUUUUCGUGCUGCAGGGCAAGGUCCCGGGGGGUGAUACAAUCUCUGUUAACGCCAACUCCGGGAUUAAGCAGGGUGCACCGGAGUCGGCGGAACUCUUCGGCCUCAUCAUGGGAUGGAUUCUGGAUGAGACGAUGAGCAAACCGGCGUGGCAAGCUGUUGGGGCGCCAUUUCAUGAUCUUGAUCUCGAACUCAUGUACUUUCAGGACGAUGUCUUCCUUCUGGAAACCUCUGCCGCCAGAGUAGCAAGGAAGAUUGAAAUGCUGAAGGGUGAGUUAGCACAAGCUGGGCUCUUCCUUGCAAUGAACAAAACGAAGAUUGUGGCCUCCCCAGCUUACCAUGGGAAAAUGUCUCUAGUGAUUGAUGGCCAAGUCGUCGAGAUCUACAAGAACGAAUCUCUGCGUGCUCUAGGGGUGUCCUUCAAUUUCUCAGCCUCUGUUGGACAACAGGCGCAUGAACUCCUGGGCAGAGCACGUGCUGCCUUUGCUGAACAUCGUGAACUUCUGAUGUCGAGAGGGUCCUGGGAGAAAAAGCUUUCGUUGGUAGAAACACUGAUUAUGUCUACGUGGCGGUGGUGUGCUGGAGCCAUUCACUGGCCCCAGGAGUGUCUUGCGCAGGCGAACACACUUCAAGCGCACAUUCUGCGCACUGCCUUCCGACUUCGCAGAGGACGUGGGGAGGAUUGGGUCGCGUACAACUCUAGAACGCUGCGGUUCGUCAGACAGUUCCUCGUUCAACGCCAUGUACCUAGGUGGAGCUCUGUGAUCCUCAGGCUGCAACAUGCCCUUCACGGCCACUGGGCGAGGAGGGUUGAAACUUUUGGUCCGCAUGGGCAAGCCUGUCUCAACAUCAGCAUGCGCGCGAUCACUUGGCGCGAUCUUCGAUGGUGGCGUGGAGAACAAGCCAAGACCACUACAGGCCGCAAACACCCCAGGCCGUUCUAUGCGUGCAAUCCUGAGAGGAACAUUGCUGAAAGUAUUGGCACGUCGUGGGCGAACAUCGCCCUGGAUCGAGCCAAAUGGAGUCGUCACUGGGUGUCUCAAUCCGGAAUGAAACUGAGCGGGUUCGCUGAGCUGACCGAGUUGAUUGGGGGAAGCAGUGGCUCGAAGAUGGACGCCAACUUCAUGGAACCAGCAGAACAACUUGAAAUUCCACGUUGCGAGAUGCGGUUGUGGCCACCAGAUGGGUCGAAGAUGGCUGGGAAACUACCUGGACACCACCUGUUGGAGUUGAAGAAGAAGGGUGGGAAGAAGCAUGGGGUGAUCACCAUACUCCUGCACUACCUGAGCUACCUGAACCUGCCCUUUCUGUACCACCGGGAGAAGAUGCAGACCCGGGACUUUCGGUACCACCGGCAGAAGUUGGACAGAUACCUGAAGGCAAUGUUCCGGGAGAAGCUGACCUGCUACCUCAAGGUCAUGAACAUGUCGAGGCACCACCGGGAGAAGAUCCGGAUCCGGGACUUUCGGUACCACCGGCAGAAGUUGGACAGAUACCUGAAGGCAAUGUUCCGGGAAAAGCUGGCCUGCCACCUCAAGGUCAUGAACAUGUCGAGGCAUCACGGACAGGAGAACCACCUGCUGUACUACCUCAGCAUGCGGCCCUACCUGUACUUCCGGAACAAGCACAACAGCAUGCAUAUCCACAUGGUACAGGUGUUGGCCAGCUGGAUGAGGAAAAUAAUCAAGACCAAGACCAUAUGGAGCAACAUAUCGAAGCCAACUCAGAUGUUCUACCUGCACCACCGGCACAAGCACUACAACUACCUCAGGGCGACGUUCACCGAGCCGAACCUGCUGUACUGCCUGGACCAACCGUUCUACCUGCACCACCUGCACAAGUACUACAGCUACCUCAGGGUGACGAUCAUGAUCGAGCUGACCAUGCUGAACUACCUGGACCAGCCAUUCUACGUGUACCCCCAGGACAAGCACCACAGCGAGUACGAGCUGGUGAUGAUGAUCAAGCCCAACCUGCCGCGCUAUCUACUCCUUCUUCUCUACCACAUGAUACCGGACUCGAGGAUGCACCACAGGAUGAGGAGGGAUGGAUCAAACGUGGAGGUCGCUGGCGCCCUGGUAUCGACAGGUGGCACUACAGGAACGGGUCGCUCAAGCCUCCGUUGGCAAACAAACCACCUGCAGGGGUGA